AUGACAAGUCCGACAGCAGAAUGGGAGAAGGUGGGGGAUAAAUUCUAUCGAAAGAUACAGUUAUAUACAGCUGUAUUUGAUCAGGAUCUGGAGCUAGAGAAUUAUGUGGUCACGGGAUGUUCAUACGGAGGAGCAAUUGCCCUAUAUCGAGACGAAACGAAACUCCAAGCCUUUCGAGGAUCACAGGCAUCUAAAUCGAGUAUCGACUUGUACAGUUGUGCUGGCAAACUAAUCAGAAGGAUCAAUUGGGACCAAGGCUCCAUUAAAGGUCUCGGCUGGACCGAAGACGAAAGCCUUAUAGUAGUCACAGCUGAUGGAACAGUACGAUGUUACUAUGACUUGCAAGGGGACUUUAAUCAAUUUUCUCUUGGAAACGGUGCCGAUGAAUAUGGCGUAACAGCCUGCAGAUUCUAUGGCACUGGGUUUGUGGCAUUGCUCUCUAAUAAUCACUUGAUCUCAGUAUCUAGAUAUGAAGAGCCACGUCCAAAACUACUAGCAACACCCGCUGAAGGUGAUGUUCAUUCUUGGACACUGAUACCGCCGGCAUUUACACUCUCAAGAUCGGUUGAAGUUUUAUUGAGUAUCGGCCAGACCAUACACGUGGCGGAUGCUGCCGAAUCCGAAGAUCGCUUUCUAGACAUUGGACCUUUUACUCACAUCAGCGUAUCUCCAAACGGCAAGUUUGUGGCCCUUUACACAGAGACGGGAAAUGCAUAUGUCAUCACGAGUGACUUUCAAAACAGACUGAGUGAACAUAAUUCAAGAUCAAAAAUUCCACCGAAAGACGUUCAAUGGUGUGGCAAUGAUGCUGUGGUCAUUGCUUGGGAGGAUGAAGUACAUCUCAUCGGUCCAAAUAAUGCUGCCGCAAAGUUCUACUAUGACGGCCGAGUUCACGUAAUAGCUGAUCAUGAUGGGGUUCGGUUGAUAACAAAUGAUGUUUGCGAUUUCUUGCAGAAAGUACCCGAAGUCACUGAUGAAACUUUUCGAUUCGGUACAGAAUCUCCUGCAUCAAUAUUGUUGGACGCCGUUGAGCAACUAGAGGAACAAUCUCCAAAAGCAGAUGAUAACAUACAAUUAAUUAGACCUCAUUUAGUAGAGGCCGUCGAUACCUGUGUCAAAGCCGCUGGUCAUGAAUUCAACAUCCAUUGGCAGAAGCAACUCCUCAAGGCCGCUUCUUUUGGAAAGUCAGUGCUUGACAUCUAUAACAGCGAUGAUUUUGUUGACAUGUGCGAAACACUUCGUGUGCUGAACGCGGUUCGAUAUUACGAGAUUGGCAUACCUCUGUCAUAUGAACAAUUCUUACGUCUUACCCCUGAAAAACUUGUUAGACGUCUCAUCAAUCGUCACGAAUACCUUCUGGCGCUCAAAAUAUCCGAUUAUUUGCGACUUCCUACCGAUCGGAUAUACGUCCACUGGGCAUCACAAAAAGUGCGCGUUGGUUCCGAAGACGAGGAUACAAUAUGCCGUACAAUCGUAGAGAAGCUAUCAGGCAAACGCGGUAUCUCAUUCGAAGAAAUAGCCCGAGCAGCCUACGAUGAAGGACGCGGCCGACUAGCCACCUCCCUCUUGAACCACGAACCCCGUGCCGGAAAACAAGUCCCACUACUCCUCUCCAUGGAAGAAGACGAAAUCGCCCUCGACAAAGCCAUCGAAUCCGGCGACUCCGACCUCAUAAUCUACGUACUCCUACACCUCAAAAAGACGCUCCCCCUCGCCUCCUUCUUCCGCGUGAUCAACACCCGCCCCAUCGCCACCUCCCUCGUCGAAUCCUCGGCCCGCACCGACGACUCCUCCCUCCUCAAAGACCUCUACUACCAAGACGACCGACGCACCGACGGCGCCACCGUCUUCAUCCGCGAAGCCCUCCAACAACCUGAUUCGCGCACCGCCGCCGACAAACUCGCCUUGGCCGCCAAACUCCUCUCCGACUCCAAAGACACAACCUUCGAGCUCAAAGCCCUGCAAGAAGCAUCCCUCCUCCUCCGCAUGCAAGAAUCCCUAGACCGCGACCUCACCGAAUCCUUCACCAGUCUCUCCCUCAACUCCACCCUCUUCAAACUCCUCGAACUGGGCUACACAUCCCGCGCCAAAAAACUCACGACCGAAUUUAAGAUCCCCGACAAAACCACCUGGUGGAUACGUCUACGCGCUCUGGUCUCCAAACGCGACUGGUCCGCCCUGGAAGAUCUAUCCAAAACGCGGAAAUCCCCCAUCGGCUGGCUCCCCUUCUACACCCUGAUCCUCAAUGCGGGAAACCAAAAAUUGGCAGGGGUUUUCGUAGAGAAGAUUCGAGCGCAGGGAGAAGUGAAGGGCAAGGAGAUGGUGGAGCUGUGGGAGAAAUGUGGGAUGAAGGGGAGGGCGGCGGAGGAAUGUGUGAAGAUUAAGGAUGUGGCGGAGUGGGAACGCCUUUUGGAGGGGUGUGUGGGGGGGAGUGUGGAAUAUAAGGAGGUGGAGAGGAUCGGGAUUACGGGGGGUUUGAAGAAGUAG